UUUCCCUUCCGCAGGCAGCCUGAAGUCUGAAAACCGUAACACACACACACGCGAUGUCAAGGCGGACCAUGGCACUUCUCUCCCGGUGGUCCUCUCGUGUUUUCUCCGUGGACGUGGAUGGAGAGACUGUUUACUUUAAAAUCCACGACAACCAACCCGGGAAAGGAGGAAAAGAAGAAGUGCAGCGGUUGUUUGGAACCGUCCAUAAGGAUGCCAAGUGUUACUCUCUGCUCGUUUCCACCGGGGACAAAAUCCACACCGCCAGGUUUCACUGGGAACUCAAAGACAAACUGUUGAAGGAUCUUCCUGCACAGUGUCGUUUAUCGCCGAUGCGCUCGUUUCUGCCUAACGUCAAAGACUCCCUUGUACAUGGCUAUUUCUUGCAAGCUGCUUGCCAGGAGAGCUCCGUCACGACCGAGCGACUUUUACGACAGUGGCUGCAGCUUGACGACCCGUUGUUCGUGUGCUCGUACCUGCGUGACAAUGAGGAGGGCGCUCUACGGUGGACUCAGCACCUGUGGAACCACGAACACAAACACGGCAUAGUACCGUUACAAGCGCCACAGUACCACCCGGCAACACUCAACCUGAUCGAUUCCGAUGUUUUCUACAGUUUCCAAGCGGCCCGUGAUGUUUUUGACAAGUGCGCUGACAUCAUUCCGGAGGCUGCAUCUGUACUGGAGCUGCUGCCUUGCGGCGGCGGUGUGGAGGCCAGAAGCGAACCAGACUUCCCCGUUAUUGUCUUGGAAGGCCUGGAUGCCACAGGUAAAACCACGUUGACCGAGUCUCUCAGGGAUACGCUGGGGGCCACUAUUCUGCGUUCCCCUCCGCAGUGUCUUUCCCCCUGGAGGGCCCGCUUUGAUCACGAGCCACCCAUCCUCCGAAGGGCCUUCUACGCACUGGGCAACUACAUCACAGCACAACAAAUUUCCCACCAAAGCUCCAAGACACCUGUCAUUAUUGACAGGUUCUGGCACAGCACGGCUGCUUAUGCCAUCGCCACAGCUGUAAGCGGUCCAGUGUGUGACCUCCCAGCAGAGGGCUCCGAGCUGUACCGCUGGCCCAGUGACCUUCUCCAACCAAGUCUGGUUGUCCUUCUUACACUGGACCCCGAGGAGAGGAAGAGGAGGCUGAGAGACAGAGGUCAAGGGGAGACCGAAGAGGAGCAUGAGCUGGAUUGCAACCAACUGUUCCGACUCAGAGUGGAGGAGGCUUACAGGAGGAUCAGUGGUCCAACUUGCAUCAGGGUGGACGCCAGCUCCUCUGCAGAGCAAGUGCUCCAACAAGUGCUGCUUUUAAUUAAGGGCAAAUGCCACUUGUAAACAGCUCUCUUGUCUUUGGUGUCUGAGCAUCAAGUGGAUGCACUACCUCUACUGGCCACUGGGUGCCAGUAAAGGGAUGUGAAUGGCACGGAGGUAAAAUGUUAGUGAAGUGAGAUGCACAGGGGUGUGGGGGGCGGGCAGAGGAGUCACAUUCACCCAAUCAGAAAUACAUAUUCAUCCGGACACGCAUGCACACAAUCCCUAAACCAAAGAGUGUAUUUAACUGGUGUUGUGAGCUUGCAGAAAUCACACCAAGUAUCCUUCAGGCCCUGUGGAGCGCCACUUACUCACAGCCUCUUGUACUUGUGACAGAACGCAGGAAAAGUAGAGAACUAAUGUACGUAACAGGCACUUAAAUUCAAGCUGUAAGAGCAAGUGAAAUGUAAAGCAGAAUUAUAAGGCAUAAUUGAAAUUGAAGUUUAAGAGUUGAACAUUUACAUUCACUCUGCGAUAUCAAUGUCACAUGCAUUCAAGCUGAGAGCAAAUAACCAGUGUUGGGCAAGCUACUUGGAAAAUGCAGUGAGCUAAACUGCAAGUUAUUCUACAUUAAAAGAAGCUUCACUACACUGUACCAGAGACAUAGCAACCUAAGCUACAAUAAAAUGACAAACUACAUCAAAGCAUAUUUUAGACAUUGAGCACUCUAACCAAAAUAAUUCUCAGUAACAUAAUCCAAAGUUAUGCUUUUCAGUUCAUCUGUCAUCUGAAUUUUCUUACCUCUAAAUUCACUUCACACACAAAAAAACGCUAGCUAGUGCUAAGUUAGCUGUUGAUGACUGCUGACUGAGUUGAUGUGUUGGAUGCGCACAGGGUUUUCUUUCUGGGGUUGCACUUACUGCAACUGUGAGGACUUGAUAAGUUACAUGAAUUUUCCAAGGUAUCGCCAUGGGGAUUCACAAGAUGUGAGACGUCUCACAUCUUGUGAAUCCCUGUCAUUGUCUCCCGUUUCUAUCACGCUGCGCUGCAUUAUCAGACAAUUUGCGGGCAUCUUUUUAUUCACAGUCUCGGGCGGAGAGUACGUGCCAUCAAACGGAAGAGAUGCAUUCAAGGUUUAGAACUGCUUGGGGAAGCGUAGUAGCUUCUGUGGACACCACUGUGUUAUUGGAUCACAAAAGUAUUAGCUUCACUAAUAAAAAGUUAUUUGAUGUUGAAAACUACCAUGUUAAGACCAUGCUACCGACAAAUGUUAAAGUAGUACUGCCGCUACUUGUAAUGUUGCUACUGCCCAACAUUGGUUAUCGUAACGCUGAAUAAUUAAAUUAACACGCAACAUCUUUUAGAUGGGGGGGGGGGGG